CGUCUUUGCUUCUUUCCUUCCAAAUUGCAGCUGUUUUUCUUGCAUCUGUUGGGUCUGCCAACUCAGAAUGCUGCCGCACAUCCUGUGUCUGCUGUGGGCUUCCUUUGUAAUUUUUCAACAAGGCAGGUCUGUGCACUGUAAGGAGAUGAAGUUCCCCAGCAAGACAGUCAAGCCCCCCUCUCCCUCUGACUUUCUGGAUAAAUUGAUGGGACGCACAUCUGGCUAUGACGCUCGCAUCAGACCAAAUUUCAAAGGUCCUCCUGUCAACGUCACCUGUAAUAUCUUCAUCAACAGCUUCGGAUCCAUCACUGAAACAACCAUGGACUACCGGCUCAAUGUAUUUCUGCGGCAGCAGUGGAAUGACCCUCGACUGGCAUAUAAGGAGUAUCCAGAUGACUCUCUGGACUUGGACCCCUCAAUGCUGGACUCCAUUUGGAAACCUGACCUGUUCUUUGCAAAUGAAAAGGGAGCAAACUUUCACGAGGUUACAACAGACAACAAACUGCUGCGGAUAUUCCAGAACGGAAACGUCCUCUACAGCAUCAGACUCACACUCACACUUUCUUGUCCCAUGGAUUUGAAAAACUUCCCCAUGGACAGCCAGACGUGUACGAUGCAGCUUGAAAGCUUUGGUUACACCAUGAAUGACCUGAUUUUUGAAUGGCUGGAUGUGGGAGCAGUGCAGGUUGCUGAUGAUCUAAUGCUCCCUCAGUUUGUGCUAAAAGAGGAGAAAGGUCUUGGUUACUGCACCAAGCACUACAACACAGGUAAAUUCACCUGCAUCGAGGUCAAAUUCUACCUAGAGCGCCAAAUGGGCUACUACCUGAUCCAGAUGUACAUACCAAGCCUGCUGACUGUCAUCCUGUCGUGGGUGUCGUUCUGGAUCAACAUGGAUGCAGCACCCGCAAGGGUGGGGCUGGGAAUCACUACAGUGCUCACCAUGACAACACAGAGCUCUGGCUCCAGGGCCUCCCUGCCAAAGGUAUCCUACGUCAAAGCCAUAGACAUCUGGAUGGCGGUGUGUCUUCUGUUUGUGUUUGCUGCCCUACUGGAGUAUGCAGCUGUCAACUUUGUUUCACGCCAGCACAAGGAGUUCUUCAGAAUGAAGAAGAAGCUUAAAGAGCAGCAACAGCAGCAGCAGCAGCAACAGCAGCAAAGAACUAGUAUUGGACUUGCACUGUCCUCUCAGGAAAUGGAUGCAACACCCAUUUUUGCCGAUUUACCUCCUGGUUUGGGUUUCUAUGAGAUACGGAGGCGCUUUGUGGAUCGGGCCAAAAGGAUUGAUACCAUCUCCCGGGCUCUUUUUCCCAUGAGUUUCCUAAUGUUUAAUGUCCUUUACUGGGUUACCUAUAAAGUUCUACGACAUGAAGAUGUCCAAGGAAUACUGUGACAGACUGAGGACCAUGAACACACUGGCUGCUUCCUUCACUGAGUCCUCAGCUGAGCCAUGCAAGAUGUGUUUUGACUGCAUGUUCAGUGGCACUGGGAAAUUCUGUGACCUGGAAGAGUCCAUUGGUUUCUUUAAAUUUUGAAUAACAAAAUGCACUUUUUAUUAGCACUGAUGCAUUUUCACGUUAGUUUACUGUGUGUGUUUACAGCUGACAUCCCAAUUAUAUCAAGUCAAACUUUUGUAGAAAAAAAUCUGUAUGUGCAGUUACUGUAGCCUCACACAUACUCUGAC